GGUUGUAUUAUAAAGAAUUAUCAUUAACUUUUCCAGGGAAUAAAAUAAGCCAAAGAUAGCGGCUUUGGUUGUUUUGGAAGAAGGCACCGAGUGAGUGAAUUAAAAUGGAUGGUUGGCGAUGGAGAGAGAGGUUGGGGUCGUUUUUUAGCAACAGAUGGCUGGUUUUUGUGGCGGCAAUGUGGUUGCAAACGUUUGCGGGAAUCGGUUACCUUUUCGGGAGCAUAUCGCCGGUAAUAAAGAGUUCGCUUGGCUAUAACCAGAGGCAGGUCGCUAGACUCGGCGUGGCCAAGGAUUUGGGUGACAGCGUUGGCUUCUUGGCUGGGAGCCUUUGUGAGGUCUUGCCCCCGUGGGCUGCUCUUCUCCUCGGUGCUCUCCAGAACUUUGUUGGGUAUGGCUGGGUUUGGCUCGUCGUCACUGGAAGAGCUCCCACUUUGCCUUUAUGGGCUAUGUGCAUUCUUAUAUUUGUGGGAACAAAUGGCGAGACCUACUUCAAUACAGUUGCUCUGGUUUCCUGCGUGCAAAACUUCCCAAAAAGUCGCGGUCCCGUGGUUGGGAUUCUUAAGGGCUUUGCUGGAUUGGGUGGCGCAAUUUUGACUCAGAUUUAUGCAAUGAUUCAUUCUCCUGAUCAUGCAUCUCUGAUAUUCAUGGUUGCAGUCGGUCCAGCAAUGGUAGUUAUUGCCCUAAUGUUCAUUGUCAGACCUGUUGGGGGUCACAGGCAAGUCCAGCCAACUGAUGGAAGAAGUUUCUCGUUUAUCUAUAGUGUCUGCCUCCUAUUGGCUGCGUAUUUGAUGGGGGUCAUGCUUGUUGAAGAUCUGGUCGAUUUGAACCGUACAGUGAUAACAAUUUUUACCAUAAUUUUAUUUAUCCUUCUUCUGAUUCCAAUUGCAAUUCCUGUGUCAUUGAGUUUUUGCCUAGAGCCAACAGCUUUAGAAGAAGAGACACUUCUUCCUGAGCCACAGAAACAAGAACCUGACACACUUCGACAGGAUUCCAGUGAGCUUAUAUUCAGUGAACUGGAAGAUGAGAAGCCAAAGGAAGUGGACUUGCUUCCAGCAUCAGAGAGGAAAAAGCGAAUUGCCCAAUUGCAAGUGAAACUAUUCCAGGCAGCUGCAGAAGGAGCAGUGAGGGUGAAGAGGAGGAGAGGUCCACAUAGAGGGGAGGACUUCACCUUGACACAAGCUUUAAUUAAAGCAGAUUUUUGGCUUAUAUUUUUUUCACUUCUAUUGGGUUCUGGAUCUGGGUUGACAGUGAUCGAUAAUCUGGGCCAGAUGAGCCAGUCAUUGGGGUAUGAUAACACACAUAUGUUCGUGUCCAUGAUCAGCAUUUGGAACUUUCUAGGACGCAUUGGUGGUGGUUACUUCUCUGAGGUCAUUGUGAGGGAGCAUGCUUAUCCAAGACCAAUUGCGAUGGCUGUAGCCCAACUCAUUAUGGCAGUAGGCCAUUUUUUCUUUGCUAUGGGGUGGCCUGGGGCAAUGCACAUCGGCACGUUGUUGAUUGGACUUGGCUAUGGGGCUCACUGGGCAAUUGUGCCAGCUGCUGCCUCGGAGUUGUUUGGUUUGAAAAAAUUCGGGACUCUGUACAAUUUCCUCACACUCGCAAAUCCUGCAGGUUCAUUAGUUUUCUCUGGUGUAAUUGCUAGCAGUAUAUAUGACAAUGAAGCAGAGAAGCAAGCUCAUCAACGCCAUCACCAGCAGCAGGAUUGGGGAUCAGUUUUUUCAGUCAUGUUUGGUGUGGAUGAACCACUGAAGUGUGAAGGUGCCAUAUGCUUCUUCCUAACUUCGAUAAUAAUGUCUGGAUUAUGCAUUAUUGCAUUUAUACUAAGCCUCAUUCUCGUUUAUCGGACCAAGAUUGUAUAUGCCCACCUCUAUGGAAAAACUAGUUCAGCUCGGCUUAUAUAACCAGAUUAUUCGUCCAGAUCAAUGUUGUGUCUGUGCACUUCGAUCAAGGAUCUUUCAAAUUUCUUCCUUGUUCAUAUCAACAAAAAUAAGUAGAACAAUGGCAGAGGGAAGCAUGCUUUGGAAUUGGAACACUUCCACUCGAGGGUGAGACUACGUUCUUCCCGAUUAUGUUGCAGAUGGGUAACACGACAUGGUUGUGUAUGAUUUUCAUUUUUGCAUUUUGAGAUGCUGUAUUCAAUCCUUUCCCAGUUUGGACAUUAGGCUUGGAAGUUUAUAAAAUCACCAUCAGUUGUGUCCACUGUGCUCUGCAGAUAAACAAAUGUGUUUGUUCGUAUGUCUCUCUUGGUAUUUUUUUUUUUUUUUUAAAUUGUUUCUGUAUAACAAUUUAGCAAUCAGAUGCCUGCAUAUUUCUAUACCA